GUGAGAGGCCAGUUCACUAAGGACAAGAGAGAGGCCUCAGAUUGGUGCGAAAAGGGAUAUUGUGAUCUAGCCUUCUUCACUGCGGCGCGACAAAACGGCCACUGGCGACCAUGGCCAGGAUCGAAGACCUCCCAGUGGAGCUGGUUGAAUUCAUUACGGACUACCUCGGCCGAACUAGCGACCUUGCAGCUUUGGCGCGGACGAGCCACAAGUUCAAUGAUGCAGUGGAUCCGAUCCUGUACAAGUUCGCCAAGGCGAAUGUAUCGAAUCUUGUACCACGGCACCCUUUAUGGUGGGCCGCGCAACAUGGCCAGACCGGGACAGUCAGGAAGGCCCUGGCGUCUGGGAUCGACGUCAACAUGGCUUUCCUGAGAUCCCAUGCGAUGGAACACGACCGGCACAUGUGGAGGGAUAGUGAAGAGAUGGUGGAUAUGCCCCCGUUGGAGUCUGACCAUGAAUGGCAGCCACAGGAGGACGACACGGACCACGACGAUACGAGGAGCUUGACUUCUACAGACGACCAGCCCGACAGGUAUUCUGACCUGCGAGGCCGCAACGGUCCAAACAUGUAUGGCGACGAAGACAGCUGGGAUGAUUAUGAUGUAUUGGCUGCAAUGGAUCCGUUCCACGCAGAGAGCGCAACCAACUCCAUGGCUGAAGAUGAUUCCUUGUCCGGAGAUCAAGCUGCUGCCGCGCUCGACUUUUUUGGCCCUUUCGAUCCGGCCUUCGAUGGUGGUGUUGAUUCUGACGAGGAGAAUCUUUUUGACGAGGAUGACGAGGAUGGUCUGGAUGAAGAUCCUGGUGAGGAUUCGGAGGAUUCCAGCCACUCAAGGGAAAGAAGACACAUCGUGACGCAGACUUUCAGGGCACUACACCUCGCAGCCCGAGCAGGCAAUGACGAUGUCGUGGGAAUACUACUUGACCACGGCGCUAGCAUCGACGCUUGUUCACACCAACUGGGCCGACGCACGCAUUUUCUCUCCUUGGGUUCUGACAUUUAUUAUGGGGCGUCGAUAUCUGACGCAGGUUACUCGCCACUCCAUCUAGCAAUCUGUCAUUUUCGGUCUUCCACGGCCAGAUUGCUGCUGUCCCGCGGCGCUUCCUCCAAGUUGAGCGAGCCGGACCGCAAGGAUGCUAUGACAGCUCUCCACGCCGCUGCUGCUACUGGCCAGGUCGACCUGUGCAAGCAUCUAUUAGAUGGAGGCUUUGUCGAACUAGAUGCCCCUGACCAGACCGGUUUGACACCGUUCUACUACGCGUACCGGAGCGGCCAGUGGAACUCGACAGUGGCCUUACUUCUUGAGAGAGGCGCAAACAUCAACUGCUCCGUCCGCCGGUGUCCUCGUGUUACCCGAGCCUCCGUCGAAGACGGCAAGUUUGGUACUGUACUUUACGAGGCUUGCACCUUUGGCCGCUAUUACGCAGCCAAGAAGCUCAUUUAUCUCGGGGCCGACGUCAACAGAGGGCUCGUUGACCGUGAUACUCAGUGCCGCUCGCCUCUUCACGCUGUCUGUGACCUGACCGAGGCGUCCAGCGAAGCCUAUCGGCACCACGCGCUGCGUACUCUAGCCCCAGCUAGGAACGAUGAGCUGGAGCGUUUGGAGCUGAUUAAGCUCAUGCUAAAGUCGGGAGCCGAGCUCGAGGCUACGACACGGCCAGAGCGCGAGUCGGCGCUUCACAUUGCGGCAAAUCAUCGUGAUGUCGCUGUGCUUCGACUUCUUCUCGCCGAGGGAGCCCAUGUGGAAUCACAAAGUUCUGACGGGCGAACGGCCCUUAUUCAUGCAUGUGAUCUAAGAGGUCCACGGGGUUAUUAUACCUCACAUCUUCAUCUUCGCCGCGAAUCGCAAAUAAAUGCCGUCAACAUGCUGGUAGACCAUGGUGCAAAUCUCAAUGCCAAAGACAAGGCCGGCGACACGGCCCUCCAUCGCGUCUGCUCAGUUGCCAACGAUCCACAAUCUAAGGAUCACGACAAGAUAGUCCGCAGACUUCUACAAAGGGGAGCUGAAGGUAAUGCUCAAAACCGCUCUGGCAUUACUCCUUUUGAGGCCGCGUUCCGUGGUGGAGUCAUGGGAGUCUGCGACAUACUUGCGCGGCAUGGGCAUUACCCUCGCAAGCAGGAGGACUUCGAAAGGAUGAUUCUUGAUCUCAUCCAACUCAGACCAUAUGACUUGUCCGCUCUUGACUUUCUGAUUGAUCUUGAUGUCCAAGGCUUUCUGUUUAGCAAGUCGGAAUAUCUGAUGAAGAUGAUAGAUGGACGACAUGUCAAAAUGGCAAGCAGGUACCUGGAAAGGUGCCCUCGGUUCCCACCUCUGAGCCCGAAACAGAAGCUCACCGUCCUGCGAGAGGGACUCGCUCUUGACAAUAAAGAGCUCGUCAAACAGAUUCUGGGGACGAAAGUCUCAAUUAAUGUCCCAGAUAAGAACGGCCACACGCCACUCUACGUUGCGGUGCAGCGCUAUCGUUCGUCGGACCACGACCUCAUCAAGGCACUCCUUGAGGCUGGCUCGGACAUGCAUUUCAAGCCACCGUCAAGCACCAUCAUGACGCCUCUGGAGAAGGCUAUCACGGAAGGGAAAGAGAUUCUUGUUCAAAUCAUGCUUGAUCACCAGCCAAUUCGAGACAACCCAAAGGCGCCGAAAGGGGUCUACCUUCACGCAGCAGCCCGCCGGGCUCCAUCCAAGCGGAUGAUCAGCACCCUCGUCCGGUCCGGCGCCAGUGUGACCGAGCUAGACGGCAACAACGACACCCCGCUCUCGGUGUUCCUCAAGUCUAUCGCCGACCUGCCGCAGUGGACAGCGUUCAAGCGGCGCGCGGGAAACCGAAUCUUCAGGACAAUCUGGUACCUGUGGAGCAAGGAGUUGGAUAUCAAUUUCAGGAACAAUAGCGGCAAGGCCAUCACCAGCUACCUGCUCGCGUUGCGGAUGUAUGACGGCGAUAGUCCGGCUCGGAAACGAAUCGCGCAGGAGUUGGAGCUUGGUCUUUACCUGGUUCCGGCUGAGGGCGUAGAUGGUGAGAAGGGUCUCAAGACUCUUCGCUUUCGACACUCGGUCAUGGGACUGGGAGAUUCCCGUGGUGGGUCAAAGCGGGCCGUUUGCUCAUACUGAGGCUUUCAAGCCUACCUAGGUAUACGGUCUCCCACGAAGGUACCCGUAGAUGUCGGCGGGGGGAGGUUCUGAUUUGUGCGUUUCUUCCCAUGUAGAAUGUCGCUUAUGAAGGUCUUGGGAGCCAGGCUUAUCAGAACCUGGCUUUGCGGU